UGUUGUUUUUUCUUAUGAUUCAUCGUCUUCUUUAAUUCAUAGAAAACAGUUACCUGCAGUAAGAGAAGAAGUAGAGUCUCUUUUGAUUUGGAAAUCAACCCUUAAGAACCAAACUCACUCUUUGCUCCGUUCUUGGAAGAGAAGUUCCAAUAGCAAUACAACAAGUCCAUGCAAGUGGGACGGAAUCACUUGUAACAGCAAGGGAAGUGUAACUGAAUUAAAUUUAACAAGUUCAAAUUUACAAGGUACACUUUAUAGUUUCAACUUCUCAUCUUUCACCAACUUUGUUAGCAUUGACUUGAGCAACAAUAAACUCUUCGGAUUCAUUCCCUUUCAAAUUGGCAAUCUUUCAAAACUAUCCUAUCUAAAUCUUUUUAUUAAUACAUUUUCCGGACAUCUUCCGGUAGAAAUAGGAUUUCUUACAAAUAUGACUUUUUUAGAUAUUUCUCAAAAUCAAAUUAGUGGUCGGAUCCCUACUUCUAUAUAUAAUUUAAGCAACCUAGACACUUUAUAUCUUGAUCAAAACCAACUCUCCGGUACCAUCCCUCCACAUAUCGGAAUGCUAAAGUCCCUUACUCGCCUAACAUUGUCCACCAACAAUCUCACGGGUCCGAUCCCUACAUCUUUAUGUAACCUCAACAACCUAAAUAUUAUAUACCUUCAUGAAAAUAAACUUUCAGGUUAUAUUCCUCAAGAAAUAGGAAAGCUAAGCUCACUUAUUGAGUUGACACUGUCCACAAACGAUCUCGUCGGUCCAAUCCCUACUUCCAUUACUAAACUCAGCAAGCUAGACACUCUAUACUUGUAUGAAAAUAAACUUUCUGGUACCAUUCCUCAAGAUAUCGGAAGGCUAACGUCACUUACAGACCUUGAGUUGUCUACAAACAAUUUCACUGGUCCGAUUCCUGCUUCUAUAUGUAACCUUAGCGGCCUAAAUACUCUAUACUUAUUUCAAAAUAAACUGUCUGGUUACAUUCCACAAGACAUUGGAAACCUAGGGUCUCUUGUUGACUUAGAGUUAAACAUGAACAAUCUCAAUGGUCCAAUCCCUAGUUCUAUAUGUAAUUUGAGCAACUUGGACAUCCUACUACUUCAUCAAAAUCAACUUUCUGGUCAAAUUCCUCAAGAAAUUGGAAGGCUUGGGUCUCUUACUAACUUGAUGUUGUCCUCAAACAAUCUAACCGGUUCCAUUCCAGGUUCUUUAUGUAAUAUCAGCAACCUAAACAUGUUAUACCUUUUUAAUAAUCAACUUUCUGGAACCAUCCCCGAAGAAAUUGGAAAACUAAGUCUCGUUACUGACGUUGGAUUGUGGAAAAAUUAUCUCACUGGUCCAAUCCCUUCUUCUUUAAGCAAUCUUACCAACUUAAUCAAACUUAACAUAUAUGAAAAUCAGUUUUCUGGUACCAUUCCUCAAGAUAUUGGAAGGCUGAGAUCUCUUACCUACUUUGCUCUGUCUACAAACAAUUUCGUUGGUCGGAUUCCUGCUUCUUUAUGUAAUUUAACAGUUGGGAUGUUGCCUAACUUGCAACGUCUCUAUCUAUAUAAUAAUCAGCUUACCGGACCGAUUCCCAAACAACUUGGAGGAUGUUCAAAUUUACUUGAAUUGGAUUUGAGUAGAAACCGUUUGAACGGAAGCAUUCCACAUCAGAUUGGAAGCUUGAUUUCAUUACAAAUCAGAUUGGAUCUCAGUCAAAAUGAGUUGAGUGGAGAAAUACCAUCUGAGUUUGGGAAACUAAACAAACUAGAAAGAUUAAAUUUGUCACACAACAAGCUUUCCGGUUCAAUUCCCUCUUCAUUUGAUGAAAUGCUUAGCUUGACCACUGCCGAUGUUUCGUACAAUGAAUUAACUGGUCCUAUUCCAAACAUGAAGGCAUUUAAUGAUGCUCCAUUUGAUGCAUUGAAGAACAACAGUGGUUUAUGUGGUAAUCACUCCGGAGGUUUUCAACUAUGUGAUUCCUCGGUUAUGAAUGCAAGAAAAAAGGCGAAACCAAGACUUGUGUUGAUAAUUUUAGUUUCACUGUUUGGUUCAUUGUUUCUUUUGUUCAUAUUUCUUGUUAUCUUUUUUCGCCUGCGAAAAAGACAAGUAGGAAAUCUCGAGCAGGUGGAUCAACCUACAGAUACAAAACCAAAAAGAAACAUAUUUUCGGUACAGAACUAUGAUGGGAAACUUGUGUUUGAAGAAAUUAUUGCAGCAACAGAAAAUUUUGAUACUAAAUAUUGCAUUGGGGCGGGAGGAUAUGGGAGUGUCUACAAGGUAGAUUUGUCGACAGGCCAGGUUGUUGCUGUGAAGAAGCUUCACUCGUCAGAUGAAGAUUCUGAAAUAGUUGAUCUUAAAUCUUUCGAAAAUGAAGUUCAUGCAUUGACUGAAAUCCGGCAUAAGAACAUCGUAAAACUCUUUGGUUUCUGCUCUAGUGUAGAGCGAAGAAUCUCAUUUUUGGUUUAUGAGUUUGUAGAGAGAGGGAGUUUGAAAAAGAUUUUAUGCGAUGGGGAACAAGCGGCAGAGUUCGAUUGGACAAAGAGGAUAAGAUUCAUCAGGGGAACAGCUAAUGCAAUUACAUACAUGCACCAUGAUUGCAUUCCGGCAAUAGUUCAUAGGGACAUAUCUAGCAACAAUGUCUUGUUGGAUUUCGAAUAUGAAGCUCGUGUUUCGGAUUUUGGUACUGCAAGGAUUUUGAAGCCAGAUUCGUUUAAUUGGACAUCACUUGCAGGAACAUACGGAUAUGUUGCUCCAGAACUUGCUUAUACAAUGAAGGUAACAGAGAAGUGCGAUGUUUAUAGCUUUGGAGUACUCGUGCUAGAAGUACUACAUGGGAGGCACCCAUCCGAGAUAAUCACAUCACUCUUUCCCGAGCUCUUUCCAUCGUUGUCAUCAUCCAUGGCUACGAAUCUUACGGGAAAAAAUUUAAUGUUGAAGGAAAUCUUGGACCAGUGCGUUGGAGCACCAACGGAUGUCGUGAAGAAAGAGAUAAUGUACUUUAUGAAGGUUGGUCUCUCAUGCUUACGUGGGGAUCCACGUACUCGGCCAGCAAUGCAACAAGUAUCUGCAGAGCUAUCGCUACCAGCUGAGAGAAGACCGUUCUUUGGGAAGCCCUUUGAAAAUGUUACAUUGGGAGACCUACUGAUGGGGGAUUCGCAAAAAUGA